GAGCGCGCAGCUCUGGAGGAGGCGCCUCCCUCCGUCCGUCCGCCGCUUGGCAGUUCCAGUUCCUCAGCCGCUUUGCCAACGUGGAGCCGGCGGCGGCGGAGGCAGAAGCCAAGGCGGAAGUCGCCCGGGCCCCUCCGGCCAUGAAGAGCUCCCUGCCCCUGGAGAAGAUGGUUGAUCCUACCUUAGCAGAAAUGGGAAAGAAUCUUAAUGAGGCCAUGAAGCUGCUUGAAGACAAUCAAAGGAAAGUGGAGGAAGAAAAUGAAAAAAAGUACACAAGAAAAGAUAUUCCUGGCCCACUACAAGGCAGUGGGCAAGAUAUGGUAAGCAUUCUGCAGUUAGUUCAAAACCUUAUGCAUGGAGAUGAGGAGGAAGAAUCGCUGCAGUCUUACCGGCUUCAAAAUGUUGGAGAACAGGGUCACAUGGCUCUUUUAGGACACAGCCUGGCAGCUUACAUUUCAGUGUUGGACAGAGAAAGGCUGAGAAAACUUACGACCAGAAUACUUUCUGAUACUACUUUGUGGCUUUGCAGACUCUUCAGGUUUGAAAAUGGCUCGGCAUAUUACCAUGAAGAUGACCGUGAGGGCAUUCUAAAAAUCUGCAGACUCGUAAUUCAUUCGCGCUACGAAGAUUACACUACAGAAGGCUUUAAUGUGCUGUAUAACAAACAGCCAGUGAUAUACAUUAGUUCGGCAGCCAGGGCAGGCUUAGGCCAAUGUCUUUGCAGUCAGCUUGGCCUACCCCUUUCCUGUAUGUGUCGGGUGCCUUGUAACACUAUGUUUGGUUCUCAGCAUCAAAUGGAUGUUGCUUUAUUGGAUAGACUGAUUAAGGAUGACAUUGAAUCCGGAAAGCUGCCAAUAUUACUAGUGGCCAAUGCUGGUACACCAGGAGCAGGCCAUACUGACAAACUUGGCCGAUUGAAAGAACUCUGUGAGAAGUAUAAUAUGUGGCUGCAUGUAGAAGGGGUAAAUUUGGCCACCUUGACUUUGGGCUAUGUCUCUUCAUCUGUACUGUCAGCAACCAAAUGUGACAGCAUGACCCUGACUUUAGGGCCCUGGCUGGGUCUCCCAGCUGUACCUGCAGUAACUCUCUACAGACAUGAGGAUCCUUCUUUGUCCUUAGCUGCAGGCCUGACCUCCAGCCAAGCAGUAGAGAAGCUUCGUGCACUGCCACUAUGGCUUUCCUUGCAAUAUCUUGGACACAAUGGGAUUGUUGAAAGAAUAAAGCAUGCAUCUCAGUUGAGUCAACGACUGUUGGAAAACCUGAAGAACCAGGAUUUCAUCAAAACUUCAGUUGAAGAUGAACUUAGCUCUCCUGUCGUGGUAUUCAAAUUUUCCCCAGAACUUCCACAUAAAGAUCACAUGUUACCAGCUAUACAAACACCUACAAUGACUGGGAAUGAGAGAUAUGUCUGUGAUACUUUUAAUCAAUGGCUGGGAGAGCAGUUGGCUCAGUUGGUGCCUGCCAGUGGUGUUGACAUUGUGGAACUGGAGGAUGAAGGCACUUGUGUGCGCUUUAGCCCACUAAUGACUUCUGCAGUUCUAGGAACCGAAGUACAAGAUGUUGACCAAUUGGUGGACUGCUUAAAAAUCAAGGUUCCAAUGCUGACAUGCACACUGCAACUAAGGGAUGAAUUUGAACAAGAAGUGAAAAGAACCAUAGGCCUAGCCUAUGUUGAAGAUCUCAGCUGGCCGGGACUUGGAGUAGUAAGGUAUGAAGGUCAGAAAGAAGACAAACAAGAAAAAGAAGUAGAAAAAAUUAACAAUGGACUUUUGAAAAAACUGAAUGAGCUAGAAUCAGAUUUGGUGUUUUCCGUAGGUCCAGAAUUUGGAGGGGAGAAAAACUGUAUUUAUAUCGGAAUGGCCACUGAGGAUCUGGAUGUUUCUGAGCUAGUUGAAACUAUUGCAGCAACAGGCCGGGAAAUUGAAGAAAAUUCAAGGUUGCUGGAAAACAUGACUGAGGUUGUUCGAAAAGGCAUUCAGGAAGCACAGGUUCAGCUGCAGAAAGCCAAUGAGGAAAGACUCUUGGAAGAGGGCCUGCUCCGACAGAUUCCUGUAGUAGGCUCCGUGCUGAAUUGGUUUUCUCCAUUCCAUGCUUCACCAAAGGGACGCACAUUUAACCUAACUGCAGGUUCUUUAGAAUCUACCGAACCCACAUAUGUAUCUAAAGUUCAAGGUACUGGGAUAACUCCGCCGGCAACACCCACUUCAAGCCGUGCUAAGCAAAGGUUUCCUGGGCAAAAACUGUUCAGACGGUCUUUGAGGAACUCUGAUGGGUUCAGUGAGACCAGCUCCAUCAGUCAUAUGGAUGACUUGGAUAGAGGAGAGCCACGACCCAGUGCUUCACCAGUUGGACAAGAAAACCCAGAAGAGCUGGGCCAAGGCAAACCUUUUACACAGGAAACAACUGAGGACAACCCAGGAGAGACGGUCCAGACUGUGGGACCUGAUUGCACUAAAUCUGUACAAGAAGUGAGUUUAAGAUAAACACCCAGAGACACUGCACAUUGAGACUUUGUACAGAAAAUGCACUCCCUCUAGAGCAGGGUUUAGUAAAAAUGCAUUUAAAAUGUGAGCAGUGCCAGGAAUACCUAUUAUUAAUACAUGAUUGGAAAUUUUGCACAAAGGCUAGCAAAAGAAUUUUCUGUUCCACGCCUUCUUUGUGGGAUCCUGUUUCUACUCUACACUUUGUUAAUGAUUGAUUGCUCUUCAUCCUUUGUUCAUAUCAGCAAGAUUGUGUUUGAACGGCUUUGCCUCUUUGUCAGGCAGUUUGCAACUUACAUUGACAUCUUGACUCCAGGCAACAUCUUAAAGAACAAUUUUUUGUUGUUGUUAAGAGACUUGCUUCUGACAUGUCUUGGAUUAUUUUAAUUUGAAUUAUUAAUUGCACUUGAUCCUUUCUGGGAAGAUGGAAUAUUAAAAUAGUUCUAACUCUGGAUAAUAAACUUAUCAGUUUAAUCUGUCCUAAUUUUAAAUAUGCAUUUUAUUACAUAAACACCCUGUCAUCAUCGCUGGCCUUUUAAACCUUAUAUUUGUUUUAUGAAAUCAUAAAAUUCUCCACAAGUUUGCCUCAUGUAAUGUGUGAGCACUACUUUCGGUAUUUUUAAAAAUCUCCCAGCUUCAGCAAGAAUGAUAAAGCUUUUACAAAGACUGCAAAAAGUCUUACACAGACUAAAACAGUUGGCUUGCUGAGAGUGUAAUUUCUCACUCGGAAGCUGCAUCUGCACUGCAGAAAUAAUGUAGUUUGAUACCACUUUUAACUUCCCUGGCUCAGUGCUAUGGAAUUCUGGGAAUUGCAGUUUGUUGUGGCACCAGAGCUCUUUGACAGAGAAGGCUAAAUAGCUCACAGAACUACAAAUCCCAGGAUGCCACAGCAUUGAGCCAUAGCAGUUAAAUGGUGUCAAAUUAGUUUAUUCCUGCAGUGUGGAUGCAGCCUAAGUGGCUGCUGGAAACCGAUAGUCCACAAUUUCUUUCUUACCUGCUUUUGCUGCAAGGGCCACUUAGGGAUAAAGCAGUUGGCUGGAAAGGAAUGGCCUCUGGCCACUUGGCCACAAUGAGAGCAAAACCACAGCUGCAGCCCACUCCCAAAGUGGGCCGCUACCACAGGUCCCAAGCCAAAAGGCAGUUCACACUAAGUCCUUUUCAAUCUGGUCUUUUGGACUGGAGCGUGCCUUGGUGCGACUUCCAGCCGCUUUGGGGGUGCGCGUCAUCUAAACAUUACACCCCCCAAAGUUGCUUCUUUUGGCCCAUGUGUUUCGGGCCAUAGAUUCAAACACAGGUAGAAAAUUUCCCUUUUACAGUAACAAUCACCCCCCAAUUUCCUUUUGCAAGACAUUAGGGAAGCACUUGAUGAACUGACAUGUUGCACGUCUAUGAUUUUUCCUGUAUUCUUAUUAGAUUUUUCUGACCAGUAGCUUCCCACUAUUAGAUAUUGUAAAUAUACAUAGAAAUGAUUAGGCUAUAUACACUACUGCACUGUUUAAAAAAGAAAAACUGUCCUUAGGUUACUUUUUUAAAUCCAAGAGCAAAAAUAUUCAGGAAUAUAUUUCUUCCUCUGACAAAUACACCUUCACAUUUGUGACUGCUUUUGUUUUGUUCCUGUUGAGCUUGCACUUUAUUAUACCAAGAACAAACUUAAUUCUAAGAGUGAGUUGAUGUAAUCAAUCCCCAUGUAACACUUAGAUCAUUUAUUUUGGAAUAAACCUGCUUUAAAAUGGCUGCUUCACCCAAAAGAGAGUUUAUCCUUUUUUCCCCCUUUUCUUCUUUAUUGAAGGAAAAUCAUGUAGUGAAUGGUUAUGACUUCCUCUUUGCGAUUUUCCUGUGUUCACUAAAUACAGUUGAGUCUUAUGGAACUGGGCUUUCCUAGAACAGUUAAUUGAAGAACGGCUCAUAAGGAAGCACUUUUGGGUGGUGCUUCUAUUUUAUCCUAAAAUAAUGUAAUGAUAGGCACAAGUGGAAUGGGGGACUUGGAUACAUAUUAGUAUUAGCAUUAACUUUUGUCUUCAUCCAAAUAAGUCCAUUCUUCUGAGCUCAGCUAGAACAUGGUUGCAAUAUCCUCCAAAGUAUUUCAUCAAUGGAUUUAAAUUACCAGAAUGUCCAUGGGGUUGAGCAUUGCCUUAGUGUGUUCUGAUUCAAUACUUUGGUUGGUGAAAUGUACAGUCAAUUCAUCAUAUUCUUCAAUAUGAUUGGAAAAUAUUCAUUUAAAUGUGGAGAGGUUUAAAUGAGAGGUUUUUGUUCCUCCAAAUAAGGUUGAUAUUUAAACAGUAAAUGUAAUUCUUGUCUUCCUUGACAUUUGGUGCAAUCAAUGACUUCAUUUAAGAGAAAAGGGUUAGUUAUGAUUGUUAAUACAAAUUUUAAUGUUUUUUAUACUGUUAAGUUGGGGGUUUUACUGGAAUACAGACCUAAAUUUCAGUACUUUCCAGAUGCUUCAAUAAAUGUUCUUCAAAUUGUUGUA